GAAAAUUUAGGAAAUUAUUCAGACAUAGAUCUACCUACAAAUCAUCUCAAGUAUUAUUUCCAUUCAUUUCCUGCUGUGGUUCAAAAAUGUCAAGAUGAUCCAGCAUGUCCAUAUAAGCAACUUCUAUUAAAAAUACUAUAAAUGAACUUCCAAGACCAAUUGCUAGCAAUUUUAGCAUGAAUAGAAUAUCAGCAGUGGUGAGAGGUCGUACAUGUGGUGAAGUUUCUAAUUCUUCAGUGUUUGUCAAAUUCAUUUUGUACCGACCAAUCGCAAAUUCAUCCCAAUAAUUUUGCAAUCCAGAUUCAGCAUACCGAGAUGCUAUUUCAUUGAUCCUCUUACCAAUUGGCAGAGUCAUCAGGAAAUAUUGGUAACUGAAACUGCAAGGGUCUGACACAUGUAGCUGGUGUUUGUAAGCUGGUUCAUAUGCUCGGAAGUCAACUGUGAUGUAAGCUGCAAGAGAAUCAUUAAGAACAACUUGGUAUCCAUUGAGGUUCUCAAGUAUCUUAGCUGACAGUUGCAUCUCGGAGAGUAUGAGAUUAACACUUGGAGUACUGCCAGCAUUUACGUAAACCUUGUACUUGAAAUGCUUCAGAUCAGCUAUUGAAUCAACGCUUUGACGUUCAGGUCUGGUUAAAAAUUUAGCCAGGUGACCUUGGAAUGUUGCAUUAAGUAUUAUCACCAACCAUAAUAUGCCGAAUAAACAAAUUCGAAGGGGUAGUCUGUUCAAUGGUUGAAGGACACCAGUUGACACUAGGAGUCUUAUUAAUUCCAAUGCUACUGAAGAACAUGGCUGCUUUUUGUUGAGCAUCAAUGCAAUGAAUAGUACACUGAAGGAGAUAAUUACGAGAAGAAUAAUUAAAAAGCUGUAGAAUGAUAGAAUUUUGUCUUCAGCACUGAGAAAAGGUCUUUUCUGAGUUAUGAUUACUGUUGAUGUUUGUCGGAAAGGAUAACUGGUGUGAACACCUUUUCCAAUUGGAGAUAAAUUAUAAGAAGUCAAAAGGAAUUGAUACCUUUCUAAAGGAUUAUUUAAAUGAGAAAGGAUGCUGGGGCUAUGAAGAGGAUUGUGAUAAAAAAUAUGCAUUCUCAACUCCACACUGUCCUGGAGAUCAUAAGGGUUGGGUUCAGACGAAGGAAGCUCAGGUUGAUACUUUUUAUGCUCAAGGAGACUUUGGAUAUGUUAGAGAUCAGAGGAAAGAAAUGAUGCUUUUGUGCGAGCCAUUUUUUGUGGAAGAUUCAUCACUAGAGUGCUCUGAGCAUCUACGAUUUUGUAGAGGACGUAAUAUAAUGAUUAAUUUUGAGGACUUAAUCAACCGAAAUGAACCCCUAAGAUAUGCAAUGGAUGUUUUAAAAGAAGGCCAAAUUGGUGGUUAUUGCUCAUGGAAUGCAAAAAAAUUGCUAGAAAAUGCAGAUCAUAUCAGUGCUUUGCAAUCUUGGGGACCGGAAUUCCGAAACUUUAGAAAAUUACCACGACGUCCAAUUGUGGAGGGCGACUGUGAUAUUGUUAUUGAAAAGCCAACAUAUAUAAUGAAAAUUGAUGCAACUGUAAAUUUGUAUCAUCAUUUCUGUGAUUUUUUUAAUCUCUACGCUUCAUUACAUGUAAAUAAUACUCAUCCAUCAACUUUUAGUACUGAUAAUCAUAUUCUCAUAUGGGAAAGCUACAGCUAUCGAUCAGCAUUUCAAGACACCUUUGAGGCAUUUACUCGAAAUCCUCUUUGGGAUUUGAAUACAUUCCGUGGUGAUAAAGUUUGCUUCAGGAAUGUAGUGUUUCCUUUACUUCCAAGGAUGAUUUUUGGUCUUUAUUAUAAUACUCCUUUGAUUUAUGGUUGUGAGAAAAGUGGACUGUUUAAAGCAUUUAGUGAACAUAUUUUACAUAGAUUAAAAAUUCCACUACAUCCAAGGAAAAAUGAUAAAAUAAAAGUUACUUUGCUUAGCAGAGAUACAAGAUAUAGAAGAAUAUUAAAUGAAGAUGAAUUGGUAGAAGCAUUAAAGAAGAAUAAAAAAUAUAAAGUUAGGAAAGUUGUGUACAAUCGAAAUGUACCCUUUAAGAAGCAGUUAGAGAUAACACGAAAUACAGAUAUCUUCAUAGGCAUUCAUGGUGCUGGCUUGACCCAUGCUCUUUUUCUACCUGAUUGGGCUGCUAUAUUUGAAUUGUAUAACUGUGAAGAUUCUAGCUGUUAUAAAGAUUUAGCAAGACUACGUGGUGUGAAAUAUUUCACUUGGGAAAAGAAUGAUAAAUUAAUCCAACAGGAUCCAGGAACACAUCCUGAUGGUGGAGCACAUGCGAAAUUUACCAAUUAUAGCUUUGAUGUUGAGGAAUUUUUAAGAAUUGUGUCCCGAGCUGCUAAAUAUGUAAAAGGACAAGAAUCAUUCAAGAGGUUUGUUGGAAAAAGUAUUAAAGAAAAAUCAUCAUUGAAGGAUGAGUUAUAGAAGUUAAUAAAUAAACUAGGCAUCAGCGAUAGAUUAAAUUGUCGGUAGUUACCAUGAUAGUGAUAGCAUUUGUACAACUAAAUGACUGGUAUCAGUAAUACCAGUGAAAGGUCAUUGGACUUUUAUAUUUUUUAUAUACAGUUUAUCGAAUAAAGCUCUGAAGAAAAUCAUUAAUAAUA